AAGAAGCAGCAGAGCAUCGGCAAUAAGAAGAGGACAGCACAGCUCGUACCAUUGGAAAAGGAUUCAUUCCUCUUCACACAUUCGGCCUAAGGACAGUGACGGUUGCUUUACUUAUUAUAUUGCGACAUUUUUUGUUGGAACAGGAGCUUCCUUUAACACCCGCCGCUGUGUGUGUUUUUUAUUUCAAUAUUUCAAUUUUUAACCCGCGUUAGUCCAACUUGCUGUUUCGCUUACACAUCAAACCUGAGAAGAGCGGAAGACGGUAGUCAGGAGCCUCCAGUGCUGACUGUCAGGUGAUGAGUUGAGAGACUUUAGCUAAAAGUCAGAGGUAUCAUGGAGGACGACUUUAGGCCUCUGCUGAACCCAGAGCAGACUGGAGAGUGCUACUCAGACCGAGGCUCCACUGACUCGCUGGACUUCAAGACUAAAAGGCCUUUCCACGUUGAGCCCAGGAAUAUCGUAGAAGAUGACCCUCAGGAGAGAGUUUCUGCUGAGGCGGCCAUCCUUAACAGCAGAGUCAAUUACUACAGCAGACUGACGGCCUCUUCUGACAGACUGCUGAGUCCACCAAACCAUGUGAUCCCUGGGCCGGAAGAACUCUACAUCUACAGCCCACUGGGGACAGCUUUCAAGGUGACAGGCAGCGACCACUCCUCUAAAAACCCCAGUAUCAUCACCAUAUUUGCCAUAUGGAACACAAUGAUGGGCACAUCUAUACUCAGCAUACCCUGGGGUAUAAAGCAGGCUGGUUUCACUCUGGGGAUCAUCAUCCUCAUCUUCACAGGCCUGCUGAUGCUAUACUGUUGUUACAUCGUCCUCAAAUCCCCCAAGGCAAUACCCUACGUGGAUGCAUCCGACUGGGAGUUCCCUGAUGUUUGCAGGUACUACUUUGGCAAGUUCGGCCAGUGGUCCAGCUGGUUCUUCUCGAUGGUGUCACUUAUUGGAGCCAUGGUGGUUUACUGGGUCCUCAUGUCCAAUUUCCUCUACAACAGCGGACAGUUUAUCUACAACUACGCUCACAAUGUCAACAUGUCAGAUUCAGAGUUUGGAACCAACGGCUCGGAUAAAGUUAUCUGUCCAUUUCCAAACACUGACCCUGGAGGGAACUACACCACCAGCACCGUUUACUUUGCUAACAGUGGAAAUGAAACUUCUGAUGUCUCUUUUGAAAACUGGUGGAGCAAAACCAACACCAUCCCCCUCUACCUCAUCCCCCUGCUGCUGCCGCUGCUCUGUUUCCGCUCAGCAUCUUUCUUCGCCAGGUUCACGUUCUUGGGCACCAUAUCAGUGGUCUACCUCAUUGUGCUGGUCACUAUCAAAACUGUCCACCUCGGCUUCCACCUAGAGUUCCACUGGUUUGACACAAGCCAGUUCUACGUUCCAGAGUUCAGACUGCUCUUCCCUCAGUUCACUGGUGUCCUCACUCUGGCCUUCUUCAUUCACAACUGCAUCAUCACAUUAAUGAAGAGCAACAAGCACCAAGAAAACAAUGUGCGGGACCUGUCUGUGGCCUAUCUUCUGGUGGGGCUGACCUAUCUGUACGUGGGAGUGUUGAUCUUUGCUGCCUUUCCCUCACCUCCUCUCUCCAAAGACUGCAUUGAACCGAACUUCCUAGAUAACUUCCCCACCAGUGAUGUGAUGGUGUUUGUGGCUCGGACCUUCCUGUUGUUCCAGAUGAUCACAGUCUACCCCCUGUUGGGGUACUUGGUGCGGGUCCAGGUCAUGGGCCAAAUCUUUGGCAACCAUUAUCCCAGUUUCUUCCACGUUCUGGCACUGAACAUCUUAAUUGUUGGAUCUGGUGUCCUGAUGGCCAAGUUUUAUCCCAAUAUUGGAUCCAUCAUCAGGUUUUCUGGAGCAACCUGUGGCUUGGCUUUAGUGUUUGUCUUUCCUGCUUUAGUCCAGAUGAUCUCCCUGAGGAGGCAGGGGGUUCUCCGCUGGCCCUCGGCCCUCUUCCACACUUUCCUGAUCCUGCUGGGCGUGGCCAACCUGCUGGCUCAGUUCUUCAUGUAGAGAAGAUGUCAGACAUGGACACUCUCAAAUAUUUAGAAGCUAGAUUAAAAUAUGUGAUUUGAGAUCUCAGUAGAAUAAUGAAGUGCAUAACUGCAUUGAUGAAUUACGUGAUUCAUCAGGACAACGGUGCUCUAAAUGAAUGAUCAUGUUGCUGUUUCCCUGGAUAAUGAAAUAAGGAACUGUUUGCUAAUAAGUUCAUCAAAUCCUCUUUAAAGAUGAAGCUAAUGUUUCAUUCAUAACUUGUUUUUUAUUGCAGGUUUACAUUUGUUACACAAACUGGUUUACAGCUUUACUGGAUGUUAUGAUCACAUGGAGUUGAGUCUGGCUGACACCGGGAGAAAAUAUAUAUAUAUAUAUAUAUAUAUAUAAAUAUAUAUAACUUUGUGAUUAUGAUGACUGUUAUUAUGUUUUAAGGGCGGCCAUGUUGUGUGCAUAUUUUUGAAGAAUCUUGAAAUAUUUAUGAGCAGUGUUCAUUUACUUGUUGACAAUUUUCUAUAUACUUUGUCCGUUAUAUUUAACUAAUGAUAGGAUACACAAAGGGAAUAUAUGCGUGAUAAUAAACAAUAGGACAAACUGUA